AUGUCUUUUUUCCUGGGCAGAUCCCAGUUAGAUUCAAAGGGAGACAUUGUUGGAGUUGCUCUGCUUCCCAGGUUCCAGGUACAGGCUUGCCAAGGGGCCCAGACAGCAGCUGCUGUAGCUCCGCACCUCAAGAAAUUUGCUAUCUACAGAUGGGACCCAGACAAGCCUGGAGAUAAACCCCAAAUGCAGACCUAUGAAAUCGAUCUGAACAAAUGUGGCUCAAUGGUGUUAGAUGCCUUGAUCAAGAUUAAAAAUGAUAUGGAUGCCAUGCUGACCUUCCAAAGAUCAUGCCAAGAAAGCAUUUGUGGUUCCUGUGCAAUGAACAUCAAUGGGGUCAACAUGCUGGUGUGCACCAGAAGAAUUGACUACAACCUCAGCAAAGUCUCUAAAAUCUACCCUCUUCCCCAUAUGUAUGUGAUAAAGGAUCUUGUCCCAGAUCUGAAUAACUCCUAUGCUCAGUAUAAAUCCAUUCAGCCUUGCUUGAGGAAGGAUGAAUCCCAGGAGGGCAAGGAACAAUAUCUUCAAUACAUAGAAGAUCGAGAGAAACUGGACGGUCUCUAUGAGUGCAUUGUCUGUGCCUGCGGCAGCACCAGCUGCCCCAGUUACUGGCAGAAUGGAGGAUCCGGAGUCCUCAUGCAGGCCUAUCGCUGGAUGAUUGACUCCAGGGAUGACUUCACAGAAGAGUGGCUGGCCCAGUUACAAAAUCCUUUCUCUUUGUACCGAAGUCACACCAUCAUGAGCUGUACCAGGACCUGCCCUAAGGGACUGAAUUUCAGGAAAAGCAAUAGCUGAAAUCAAGAAGAUGAU